AUGAGGUUGUCCACUCAAACAUUGACUUUAGUUCUUUGCGCCUCUGCCUUUGCUCAGGUGCAAAGCGAGAAGGACAGAGCAAACAUCAAAAGAAAUGCCGUUGAAAAGGACUCCUUCCAACAGGCUGAGGAACUCGCCAAGAGAGGUCUCUUUGACUGGCUCACUGGUGGUGGUUCUGGUUCUUCUGGUUCUGGUUCCGACAGUGGUUCCGGUUCUGAAUCUUCCAGCGCUGCUGCUCCUGCUGAGCCUGCUGCUUCUUCUGAAGCUGCUUCCUCCCAGCCUAUCGCUGCUGCUGCGGUAUCCUCCAGCUCUUCUCCUGCUGCUGCUGCUGCCCCAUCUUCUAGUGCUGUCAGCUCGGCUCAAACAUCUGCCCCAGUUUCCCAGAACACUCCAGAGGAACUGACUUCGCUGAGCUCUGCCUCAUCUUCGUCUGCUUCCUCCUCCUCCAAAAAGGGAUUGUUAGAUGGUUUGUUCGGCAAUGGCGACAGCACCUCAUCUGAUGACUCGGGUGCCUCCGUCACCUCCUCCGGUUCUGCUUCUGGCUCGGGCCGUGCCCUUGCUUCUGCCGCUGCCGAGGAAGACGACGAGGACUGUGAGACCAUUGAGACUGAACUUCCUACCACCGAUGCUGACCCAGUUACACCUAACCCAGGCAACAGCAACUCCAACUCGCGUACUGUGGCUGCCUCCUCCACCUCCGUUGACUCGAGCGAGUCGGACUCUUCUGCUUCUGGCUCUGGCUCUGCUAGUGCCUCUAGCUCCUCGAGCACCGGUGGCUGGUUGGACAACAUUUUCGGCACCACCACUGCCAGCUCUGCUUCCGAGACCGACUCUGCUUCUGAGAGCAACUCGGCCUCUGGCUCUGCCAACUCGGCCUCUGGCUCUGCCAACCCAGAAUCUGACGAUGCUGCUGCAAUUGCUUCACGAAUCACCGAGGAUGACUGUGCCUCUGACGAGCCUCUCAUUCCUGACGAAUCCGAAACCGAUGCCCCUACCACUACCACUAACGGCGGCUCUGUUACCACUUCGGGAUCCAACAGCGUUUCCUCUAGUGCCAGCAGCGGCAGCUUGAUUGUCACCACCGAGUCCGACGGCACCACCACCACCUGGGUGGACGGUGAUGAGGAGGACUGUGAGAGCGACAUCGACCCUAUCCCAGGCUUGUCCACUCCAACCCCAGAAACCACUUCAACCAGAUCCACUGGAAGCUCUUCUCUGUCGGCUGGUACCCCUGUCCACACAUCUCUCACUGUCAUUACUGAGGGUGGUAGCACCACUACCUCUUGGACCACCUUGCCUGGCUCCACCACCAGAUCUUCUACUUCCUACGAGGUUGUGACUUCGAGCGACAUUCUCGGCAUCAAGACAACCAUCACCCAGGCUGGCCAGUACACCACCACCUCCGGUGCUGCUGUCUGGAUCUGUGACGAUGAGGAAGAGUGGACUGACACUAAGGUGGUGAACGGUGACUCUGGUUCUGGCGGAAAGCCUGCCACCACUACUACCAAGUGGUGGUCCACUCCAAGCUCUGGUUCCGGUGGCUCCGGCUCUGGUUCCGGUUCUGGUUCUGGCUCUGGUUCUUGUGCCAACGUGAACUGUGACAACGUUGACUGUGGUGAUGACGACUACGACUUCUGGGACAGUGAGGAUGAGGCUGACGAGCAGGAGGCCAAGACCGAGGUUCACACCUACACCACCAGACGUCCUUACACCACCACCAGCGCUGGCCAGGUUGUCACUGGAACCACCGACGAGACUGUCGUUUCCACAUACAAGACCACCGAGGUGAAUGUUGGCACCAAGACCCACGUCAGUGUCACCACCGAGGAGUGCGAGGACCAGGAUGAGGACUUCUGGAGAAAGAUGGAGGGUGACUCCAACUCGGCUUCGUCUGCUUCCUCGUCUGCCCGCUCCAGCUCCAGAUCGAGCUCCAACGCCAACACUUCCACCAACUCGGCUUCUUCCAGUGCAUCUUCUGUCGCUAGCUCCAACUCCUCCAGUGCUUCCUCUAGCGCUGCCUCCAGCUCUGCUGCUUCCAGCUCCGUGGCUUCUAGCUCUUCUGCUGCUUCCUCGAGUGCUCCAGCUGACUCCAGUGCCCCAGCUUCUUCUGCUGCUGGCUCUGCUGGUGCUGCCGGUGCCGCUGCUGCCGAGACUCCAUCCCAGUCUGGUUCUGAAUCCUCAUCUUCUCCAUCUUCAACUGGAGGUUUCUUGUCGAACUUGUUUGACAAGAGACAGCAGAUUGAGGCUCGCUCUGGAAGUGAGAAGUUGCUUCCUGGCGCUGCAGGCUUGAUGCUUGCCGUGCUUGCGGUUGCAUUGUAA